AUGACAACUGCUCUAUUAAAUACACUAACCCUGGAGGUGAAUCAGUUUAUUACUAGUGGCCAAGAAAGCUUAGACGCUUUACUUGACGACUCGAAUAGUUUCUUACAACUGUUGAAAGAAUUGGAAUCCGAUUUGGAAAAAGAAUUAAAUGUGGAGCAAGGAGAGCCACAGGCGCAAAAUGGCGACACCCACGACACCACCACCAACAAACAAGUCAGUGGGUUACUGAAGCAAAUGGAUAGUUGGUACAAAUCAUCGAUAAAUCGACUCAAGACUUACAAUACUUCCAACAACAGGUUUCUGAAGAAUGUUCUCAAUAGUAGCAAAUUUGGUGUCAACUUAGAUGAUGCCUACAUAUACCCCUUGAAUAUGGAUACCUACCCAGUGGGCGACUUCGAUCUUGACAAAGCAUUGAAUGAAAUAAAUAUAGCACCGCAUAACCGGAUCCCCUUGGAUCUUAAGAACAAGAGCGUCAGGCGAGAGAAUCGACAAGAAUUGACCAAAGCAAUAAUCCUACAUUUGUUGAAGAUUGGCCAGAGCAAUAUUGUACCUACCAUGGUAGAGCAAUUGCUAAACGACCCUACAAUAUCGAUAGACCUGGAGUUAGCAGAGAGGUUUAAGUUGCUCAAUCUGAUUGUUGAUGACAUCUGUAUCAGCCAUGACUUGACUGAUGCCUUAGGCUGGUUCGAAACCAAAUUCAACGAGCGAGCCGUUGGAAAGGUACCACCUAUUGAAAGAAGUGAUACCUUAAGCGAAGUUGAGUUCAAGUUCCAUAUGCUCCAAUUUAUCAUUUUAUUGAAUGGAAAGGAGCGGAAAUUUACUGCUAACGAUGCGUUGGAAGCAUAUUUUUACUCAAGAGAGCACUUUAGUAAGUUCUUAAAGGACUACCUAAAUGAGUUAGCACCAUUGAUGUCGUUGAUUCUUUUUAAUUCAGAUUCGGGAAUUGAAAACUUUUCACGACAGAAACACAAGGAGGUUGCUAUAAGUAAUUUUAUUGAAAAGCUAAAGCAAGGUUUUGCGAUUGAGGCAGAAGAAGUUCUUAACAAUGGAAGACAGGGUCAGGCGGAGUUUGUGGCCGAGUUGCUUAACAGUUUUAAUAACAUUCACGAAAAUGAAGAGCUAUUUGCCAAUUUGUCACAUGACUUUGUUGCAGAGUAUUGUAAGGAUUUGAAGUUGUCAAGUGACUCGUCGUUGUUUCAAAGCAUUUUAGCUGGUCAUAUUUACUUGCCCAGUUUUUACAAGUACAACCAAAUUGAGUUAAAGAUGAAACGAUUUAAUGACCGAACCAAAUCCGGUCAAUCUGAGAAGGAUAUAAUUAUGAACAACGUUGCAUCGUUUCAUUUUGAAUUACCGUUUCAGCUACCAGACUCGAACAGGUUUUUGUUUAGAAACCAUCCCAUCUUCAUUUGCCCUGUCACACGAGAGCAAUCCAUACCUCUUUCCGAGACUAUAGAAGAGCCGAUAUCGGUCCAUUAUGAUGACAAGGACCAAGCUGUGACCAGAAAGAGGAAAGUCGCAGUCGACAACCCACUUAAUACACAGGUGGUUGCAUUAAAGUAUUGUAAUCAUUUGGCGUUGAAGGAGAGUGUCUGGCACCUUUCUAAAAAGGGAAUUGAUGUAUUCAAAUGUCCCUAUUGUUACAAGAAACACAAGUUUACAGAUGUGGUAGAUGCAUACUUUAUAGAUUUAUAA